UGAAGGAAGAUUCACGUUAUUGAGCAAUGAUUAUGGAAACCUCAUGAUCUACAUUAAAGAACUCAUGACAGAAGAUGCUGGAACAUACAGGAUUACAGUAGCAGACCAGUGGUCCAUCAACAUGAAUUUAAGAGUGAACCAAGAUUCCUGUUGUGAAGUUUCCACAAGAGUGAUGGUGAACAGUGGAGAAACGGCCAGCUUCAGCUGUCAAUAUUCACACAGUCAGAUUGAUAAUUACAAGAUCAUAAUCAGAGAAGGAAAAAACUCAGUUGAGGUGAUUUACAACAGAUGGAAUAAAAAAGACAGAUUCAGAGUUUCUGAUGACGGAGAGAGAAAGCUCUUGAGUGUGAGCAUUACUGCAGUGACAGCAGAUGAUGGAGGAGUUUAUUUAUGUGGAGUACGGGUCGACAAACACUCGUACAGUUACUACAUUGUUAAUACUGUACAUCUGGAGAUUAUUACUAAAGUGGGCGUGUCUACAGUGAUUGGCUCCUCAGGAGCUGCUCUGAUGAUCAAGUGUGAACAUCCUGAACACAAAACCAAGACAAAAUACAUCUGUAAAGAAUCAUCAGCUGGAUGUUCAGGAGAUCAGGAGGAAUGGAUGAAGAAUGGAGAUGUUUCUGUAGAUGACGACACCAGAGCAGGAGUCUUGAUGGUGUUUUUUAGAGAGCUGAAAGCUGCAGAUGCAGGAACAUACAGGUGUGGAGUGAAGGACUCUGAAUAUACUGAGAGAUUCACUCAACUUCAGCUCAACAUCACACACGCUGGAAAAUAUCCCAAAGUCAUGAAAGAAUCUGUUCAGCUUGAUGGAGAAGUGAAGAUGAGCUGUCAGAUCCCAGAGGAACAGAACGUUUAUUUCUGCAAAGAAGAUGUUAAGAGCUGCCAGAUCAGGAGAGCAUCUCAAACGACUCCUGCAGAAUCUGUGGGAAAUGAAGAGAGAGUUUUUACAGUAAAUGUCAGAGAUGCUGGAGUUUACUGGUGUGGAGCAGAAACCAGAGACACACAUCUGACCUUCAUCUCCCUGACCACUAAAAUCCUGCUCAGCGUCAUCACUAAAGUGGGCGUAUCCAAAGUGAUUGGCUCCUCAGGAGCUGCUCUGAUGAUCAAGUGUGAACAUCCUGAACACAAAACCAAGACAAAAUACAUCUGUAAAGAAUCAUCAGCUGGAUGUUCAGGAGAUCAGGAGGAAUGGAUGAAGAAUGGAGAUGUUUCUGUAGAUGACGACACCAGAGCAGGAGUCUUGAUGGUGUUUUUUAGAGAGCUGAAAGCUGCAGAUGCAGGAACAUACAGGUGUGGAGUGAAGGACUCUGAAUAUACUGAGAGAUUCACUCAAAUUCAGCUCAACAUCACACAUGCUCGUCUGUCCUUCCCCAGGUCUUGCAGCCACUAUGACUUCACACUUAGUAAGCACAGCUUUGAGGUGCUCUUGGCCUUUGAAGGAAAUUAG